GGCAUUUUCAUCAUUUUAUUAAAUUAAUUUAAAAUAGAGACGACGAUAAAAUAAAAAGGGUGGCGAAAAAUAAGAAUCCGGAUAAAAAAACAUUGUAACUAGAAUUUAAAAAUCUUUAAUUGACGCCUGACGGUUUUUCUCUGACGAAAAGAUUCUAUAUUUCCUGUGCAAAUAAAAACUUUUCCUCGUCUCUUACAAUUUACAAACAACCAACUUCAAGCAAAAAAACCACCCAUUUCCGUCUACUCAAAUUACAAAUUACAAGUGAUUGUUCAUCCCUGCUAUUUGGUUGAAAAUGCCUGAAAACAUUACAGCUGAGAAUCUUAUGAACAACAUAUUGGAAACAAUAUCUGAAGGCAUUCAUAAACAGAAUUCUGGUUCCUUUUUUGAAGAGGAAGUAUCCAGACCUGUGUCUUCUCAGUUUAAUCGUCUUUUUGGACGUCGGGAUCCUCUGCAUAAAGUUUUGGGAGGUGGAAAGUCUGCUGAUGUCUUGCUCUGGAGGAACAAGAAAAUUUCCGGCAGUGUUUUGGCUGGUGCUACUGCUACCUGGGUGAUUUUUGAAUGGCUGAACUACAAUUUUCUGUCCCUUGUCUGCUUUUCUUUGGCUGCGUGUAUGCUUGUCGAGUUUCUUUGGUCAAAUGCCUCUGGUUUCAUUAACAGGUCACAAGCUGAAGUUCCACAGGUCCAAUUGCCGGAGGAGUGGUUUGGUAAUGUUGGCUUGGCAAUUGGUAGAGAAAUCAACCACACAUUAAGAUUUCUUCAAAAUAUUGCUCGUGGUGGAAGCUUGAAGCCAUUUAUUCUGGUUGUAUCAGCCUUGGUGGCUGCUGCUAUCAUUGGGAGCUGGUGCAACUUCCUUACUGUUAUCUAUCUUGGUUUUUUUGCCGCACACACACUACCAGUUCUGUAUGAAAAAUAUGAAGAUGAAGUUGAUGGGUUUAUAGACAAGGUCCUGAACCGCGUGACACACCACUAUAAGAAGGUUGAUGCUAGUUUCCUCAGUAAAAUGCCCACCAGAACGUACUGGACAAAGAAACACGAGUAAAAGAAUAAGGAUGAAGAUCUCGUAUUUAAGCGGUGGACUGAGCGUUAGUGACUACGUAAUUAUCGAUUGUUAGGAACUUGUGUAGUCAUUAACUUCUGUACAUGGAAAUGCAUGCUAGAUAAACACUAGCUCUUGGCCCAUCUCUUUCAAGAAAAUAGAGUGGCAUAUAUUUUUAGUCUUGUUAGUUGUUUGCUGAUAAAAUUUAAUAUAAAAGCAUAUUUUCCUAACAUAUUAAGUCUCUUUGAUUCAAUGAUUUUUUGUGGACCUUGUCUACCAUC